CUGUGUGAUUACAGAUGGGAUGAUGCGAGCAGCUCUCAGCUGGAGUGCGGGACAGACCGCGAGGAGGGCACCGCGACCAGUGUCACAGAGCCAGUCACUGUCACCUAAACCGGUCUGACCGACCCACAUCCAUUGAGCGAUGGCGGAUGAGGAACUGGUGAAGAAGAUGGUAAGGGCGGUGCUGCAGUCCAGCAAGAGUGGCGUGUCACUGUCUAACCUGCAGGUAGAGUAUAAAGACCUGACAGGUGAGCUCAUACCUUAUAAACAGUUGGGGUAUGCCACACUGGAUGCCCUCCUGCACAGCAUGCCUUCAGUCGUGAAACUGGAUAAAGGGCAGUCUGGGGAGGUGAUGUGCCACGCUACCACAGGAAACGAGAUGACCCACAUUACUAAGCUUGCGGCCCGCCAGUGCACAGCGAAGAGGACCGGCCGACCUCAAGUGGUAAACUGUCAAAUGAGAGUCAAACCUGCAGCUCCUCUUGUACUGAACGCAAGGCCAAGGACAUCUUUGAGACAGCCCGACCAUCGUGGACGUCUGUGGCGAGGUGGAGGUCGUGGAGGGGGACAUGGAGACCCCGUUUCUCGCACAGGAAGCAUGAGGGACUCCCAGCCUGAUGGGAAAGGCGGCAGACCCCACAUCACACCCCCAAACACACCCACAAGAAGACCCUCCCUUCCCUCAGAAAGAUCAGAGAAAAGAAUGACCCUUCCCUCCAGAUUCCAAAAAGAAGUCCAUGCCCACCUCUCCCAAAACCAACAGCAGAGCAAUGCCCCUUCUAACCUGAAUGAAAACACAACUCCAGCAAAACCCAAGCUGCCUCAUUCUGCACCUUACAGUCCCAAGCUGGUGCAGUCCCGUCUUAAAGAGGUUCUUAACAAGCACAGCAAUGGCCUCUGGGUAUCCAAGCUGCCUCAGCUGUAUCGAGAGCAUUAUAAACAAGAUCUACCCAAUGAAGCCCUGAAAGACCUGGAACACUGGACGCACAUUUGUACAGUUGAAAAACCAUGCAGUAGCAAACCUCAAGAGAUGCUGCUGUACCCUGCUAAAGAAACUAGCCAGAUUACCCCACAUAGUGCUGCUACACCCCCCACCCAUGACAAAUCCCCAUUUCAUCACAAAAAACCUCAGACUCAAAGAUCAUUUGCUACUUCCAAAUCAAGCACUCCGGCGUCCCCUAAGGAUCUACCACCUGACGUCAAGCAGAAGCUUGGAGAGCUGCUCUUGAAAUACAGCAGUGGCCUGUGGGCCCACGCUCUGCCUAAACUGUAUCAGGACACAUAUAAAUGUAAACUACCGGAAUUUGUGCUGGACCACCUCACUUUGCUUUCAGACAUUUGCACGAUUGACUACCCCAUGCCGGACAACCCCAAAAGAGCAAUUCUGUAUGCAAAAGUAGUAGAGGAUGAGAACCGUAACCAGUCAGGAUUGGCUGGCUCAGAGACGAAAGAAACAGUAGAGCGCCGUUUGAGCAGCCAGAUGGUUCCUCCUCUUGUCAUUCCUAGAGAGGAAUACCCUUCUGUCCUGGUGGUGGAAGCAAGUGAUGCAAACAGCGUCAUUCUGAGGUACAUAGGUGAAGGUUACUCCAAGGUGCAGGAAAAGUUAGAAGAUGAAAUGAGAGAGUUCUAUGGGCAAGAUAUCAACAAGGUGGCUCUGAACUCACCAUUACCAGGUCAGCUGACUGCUGUACGUGCUGAGGAAGAGGAGGAGAUCCUCCGGGCACAAGUGUGUGAGGUCAUGGCUGACAAGGUCAAGGUGUACUAUGUGGAUCAUGGCUUUUCCGAAGUCAUCAGCAAGAGCAAAUUAUUUGAGUUACAUGAAAAGUUUUAUAGAUUGCCUUUCCAAGCCACCAGAUGCAAACUAGCAGGCCUAGAGUCAUUCAGUCAGGAGCAGGCAGUACUGAAGAGGUUUGAGUCCAUGGCCACUGGCAAGAUCCUAUUGGCUGAGAUUUUAGAGCGUAAGGAAGUGCCUCUGAUGGUCCUGUAUGACACAUCACAAGAUGACGAUAUCAACAUCAAUGCUGCCUGUAUGAAAGCUCUGCAAGACAAAUCCUUAGAGAGUCCCUUAAAGGUGAACAGUGCCUAUAUGAAUGUGAACGUGACCAGCGUUUGCUCAGAUGGAACAAUCUACUGUCAGGUGCCUUCCAGAGGCCUGACUAAACUCAACGGAAUUCUGGAGAAGACUGAAAACUAUUUACAUUCCCAGGUCACAUCAGAGUUGCUGGUUUCACGGCCUUUCUGUGGCAAAAACUGUUUGGCUCGAUAUAAAGGCAAAUGGUCCCGGGUGGAGAUAACAAACUUGCAUGGCAGCCGGGUGCUGGACAUCUUGUUUGUGGAUGUAGGCGUUCAGGCAUCGGUCGAAGUCACUGAGUUGAGAGAGAUUCCACCUCCUUUGCUGUGUGACCUCAUAUCUACCCCAGCUCAGGCACUGAAGUGUUAUCUGGCAGAUCUGCCUGUAAGCGUAGGCUCAUGGACUCCAGAUGCUGUCCAGUGGCUGAGAGACACGGUUCUCCACUGCAGUGACUGCAGCUUGAAGAUAGCUAAAGUGGAUGAGCCCAAACGCCUUGCUCAUGUUUAUCUCUUCACCAGCAAGAACUUCCACGACACAAGCUGCAGUUUAAACCAACAGCUGGCCGACUCUAAUCUGUGGAACCAGCAGAAGGAUGUUUUCUUAAGCAGCCGGGGGCCUUCAAAAUCUCUCAACGCCCCGACAAACCCUGCCACCAUCCAGACCUCCAACCUCAGCACUGACGGGCAGGAUAAAGCCCCACACACACCCAAGAGGAUGUCAUCUCUGCUGGGGAGCCAGAGCGCACCUCCAGGCUCUCCGCCUGAACAGCUGGCUCUUCCGCCACUGCUGGAGUUGCCCGAGAUUGGGCAGAAUAUGGACGUUUUUGUUACAGUCGUAUGCCAUCCUGGGCACUUUGUGCUACAGCCAUGGCAGGAUAUGUACAAACUGGUGGACUUGAUGGGGGAGAUGAUUCUGCAUUAUAAUAAGAUGGAGGAGAAACCACUUAAAGUGGAGAAGAACCAGGUCUGUGCUGCCAAGCUGGAAAACAACUGGUACCGUGUACUGGUGAAAGGAGUCCUGACCAAUGGUCUGGUGUCAGUGUUUCAGCUGGACUAUGGCAAACAUGAGCUGGUGAGCUGCACCCAGCUCCGGCCCCUCACCCAGGAGUUCUGCCAGCUCCCCUUCCAGGCCAUCACUGCUCAGCUGGCUGGUCUGAAACCUAGGCAGUGGUCUGAGGAGGCAUCCAUUGUGUUCAGGAACCAUGUCGAGAAGAAGCCCCUGGUAGCCCAGCUGGAAUCGGUGCAGGAGGCAUCACAGCCCUGGGACCGUAAGGUGGUUAUCUACUUGGUGGACACUUCACAAGAGGAACGGGACAUUUGGCUUCAUGACAUUAUGGCUGAAUUCACUGAUGAGAUGUCCAACACAGCAUAGACACCCUAGUUAAAUAUUUUUGAAAGGUUCUCAGAAGGUUGCUCAUUAGUAUGCUACAGAUUAGGGAUGCACCGAAAUUUUGGCCGCCGAAAAAUUUUGGUUUUUGGCCCGAAAGAGAAAAACGUCUGAAGAUACAUAGCACUGCCAAGCAGUGUUCAGCACACAGGUUUCACUCUCCCUCUAGCUAUAUAACGCUUUAUUUAGUGACAAAUCACAUCAUGCAAAGUAACAAUAACUUCAGGAAAUCAAUAAAAAGGUUAUAAUUAUAAUACAAAAAAUAUAUAUACAGAGGGGUAUUGAAAACAAAUCCAUAUCUCUAUGGUGUCAUAGGCCUGUGUACUGGGCAAUGCUGGUAAAAUGACGCUAACCUCUCAUGAUGCUAUGCUCUGCUCACAUGCUCUGAUAAUGAUAGCUUU